CAUUUAAAAGUUCCCUCAUUGGAUAUCGAGAGUCGAGAUCAAGCUUUCGCGAUUAAGGAUAAUCUACACAAGACUUCCCGGGUCUUGGCAUAUUGUUAUGGAUACACUGCGGUGGCUAUGAGCGUCGACCCUCAACCCCUAUUUCAUUAAAUGAUGGGUUGCCUGAUAAUGAUAAUAAUAAUUGUUAGAUACUGGGAUAUUCCUCUCCGACUGGCUAGUGCUGCCACCUAUCCUAGAGAAUAUGUGAAACGAAUCCAUUGUGAACGAGAUCUACAUAGUUUACUACAGAUUCUACCGGAAAAUUUUGUCUGGAUUCUCCGAUACUUCUCUAAUUAUGCUCUUCUUCCUCUUCAUGUGCUAGUAAGUGAAGUCUACAACCUUGAGAUCUACCUCUACGGUCUAGAUCCAAAUUUCUUCGGAUCCUCCACCCUACCUGUGGAGAAACCUAGUAAGAUACGACAGAGGGAGUUCACGACCAAGAAAAGGGAAAACUUCAAAUAUUGUGAUUGUGAAAAAUGCGCCGAGGUUGACAGACUUUACCCGAAGAGCUCUGAACGGAUUACUUAGGAACUUAGGAUUUAGACGGAAACUAGUUUAAAACUUGUUAUAAAUUUUGUUAGCUGUGAUAUGUUAAAGAACUGAUUUCUUUCAGA